AUGCAUGAGGGCAUGAGUCUGCUCAGUGCAGGCGAAGAGGCAGUGGCCCUGGCAUUAGCAGCAGCGGCGGCAGCGGCAGCAGCAGCAGCAGCGGAGGUGCCGUGGGUGGCGAUGGUGGUUCCAGGGGAUGAGGGCGAGGGCGAGGGCGAGGGGCUGCUGCGGUCCCCGCGUGCAGGGCUGGCGUCACCGCUGCCAUUCAAGGCGGGCAACGAGUGGGCCAUGGAGGUGCGCGCUCACAUGCAGUGCGACGAGACUGCCAGUGGGAAUUACGAGCUCUGGGAUGAAGAGCUCGCUGCUCCUGCUGCUGCUGGUGCAGGUGGGGAGGAGGGUUCACUGGCAGCAGGAGUUGCGGCAGGAGCUGCAGCAGCAGGAGCAGGGGCGGCGGCAGGAGCAGGGAAGGAGGGGGCAGCAGGGAGUGCGAGUGCAGGGGCGGCAGGCGGCACAGGAGGGGCGGAGGGUGGUGGGGGGGAUGAGCGGGUGGGGCUGCAGAACAUGCUGCUGCUGGACGUGUACCCCGCCCUCUUCCCUCUCGUGCUCGGCGCCCGCAAGGCACCGUCCCGCCCACCCCCACCUGACGCUGAUGCUGAUGCUGGUGAGGGUGAGGGUGCGGGGAUUGAAGCAGAGGUUAUGGGGGGUGAGGGUGAUGGGGAGGCGCAGCAUGAAGGUGAGGAGGAGCAGGGCAAUGUGCAGGUGCAAGGUGCGGUGGAGGCAGGGGGGAUGGAUGGAGAGGCAGGUGCAGGUGGGAUUCAAGAGCAGGUUAGCAUCGCAGUGCUGGAAAGCAGUGCCGCACAGGAGAGUCAAGGCUGUGGGCAGGUGAUAUCUGGGGAGGCUGCACCUGUGCUAGCUGGUGCAGGGAUGGAGCAGGAAGCAAGGGCUAGUCUGAAAGAGGUGGCUAUUUAUCAGCCUGUGCUUGUAUAG